CUUUCUCGACGCGACCGAUUCGGGAUUCACGCACUAGCUGGUGGUGCUCAGAUUAGUUAGUUGGUGAAACGUCGAGUCUCGCCGAACGCCGGAGAAUGCGGGUUCCCGUUUGUCUACAAAUGAAUUCUACGGAAAUUGAUUUUUGAAGACUGGUGGAAUUGGUGCGAUCGCGUGAGCGAACAAGCAACCUGUUACGUUUUGCAUGAGGUGCGAAAUUUCCCUAUCGUGCGCGCGUUUCUGCCCAGUGUUCUCAAGAAACCACCGGCUUUUGACUUCAGCACAACUGAAAUCUACUGUGAACAAUAGAGUUUAGUGUGAUCGGAAUAGAUCUCCUCGAGUAUAGGAGAAGUUUUUUCGAUAGAAGUUUAAGACAAUUAGAGUGAAAUGGUGAUACAUGUUUAAUCCUUGAAAGAGUAGAGAAAACAAUUUUGUUUUCGUUCAAGAUGACAAGACCAACCUUAAGAGACGUUUGUUUGCCUAUAGUCUUAACGUGUCGUGUAGAACAGCUACACAAAUCGAGGGUGUAAAUUCUCUACUAAAAGUUCGUUUCUGCAGACAAAAUUGGUUUGACAAAAUUUGCAUCAUAAUAAGUAGAACUGUUGUUUCUAUGGUAAAAGAAACCAAUGACCGAUUGAACCAUUGAACAAAAGUGAUAGAAUUCACGUCAAAAAGUUGUUCGUCCGAAGGUGUUGCAUAAAUUCGUAAGGUAUACAGCAAAAGAAUGGACAUUUGGUAUGAUCCUUCUCCGAGAUAAAAAUGAUACCAGUUGUGGUAUACGCACAUAGGAACAAAAUGGCCGCCGUCCAACGGAAAAUUUAUGAGGUGGUCGGUAUGAUAGCUAGGAUCGAGUCGGUUGUGCAACAAAUCUAGACACUCGUAAUAUUGAACCUGAAUUUGUCACGUUAAGGAGUGAUCCGCGCAACCUAGUUUUUGAUAAAACUUCUCCAUUUCGAUUGAUGUUCCUCUGUUCGGUUUAAAUGUACCGUUCGCAAUGUCACUCUGCGAAUUAUCAAUAAGGAUAUCCGCUAUCUGAAACGCAUUGUUACGCGGAAGUCAAUCUCAAGCAGCGAGUUCUUGCGAGGAAAAGGUGGAGGUGAAGAUUAGAUAAGGUACACUAUGUCGGAGCACGGCGACAGCGAUGUAGACGCGACGGAGGAGAUCAACGUGGACGAUUCCGACUCCCAAAGUUGUAGUCCGCGAAAUUACACGAGCCAUGAUGGCGUUGACCGUCACCACAUGUCUCAGGAAACCUCCGAGUGCUCCACUUCGCCACCUCCCAGUCAAACCGCGAGUACGAGAACGCUACCGAAUGAUUCUCCUCGUAGCCAUCCGUUCAGCAUAAGUCGUUUACUGGGUGAGAGCGGUGUUCAAAGUCUCAAAAGCCCAUCGCCUUCGGAAGAGCCAGAUAGUGACAGAGAGAGAAAGUGGUCCUGGGAAGAAGGCAACAAUAACAAUAACAACCGGACGUCCUCGAGUGGCGUUGCGGAUGACGGCAGGCGAUCUUGGGGAGACCACGACGUCGAAGAGAAGCUAUCGGAAAGGGAUGAUGACGAUACUGGCGGCAGCACACCCGACACCCAGCGUGCCAACUCCUCCUCGUCGUCCUCCGUUCACUGCGCCUCAGCGACGGCGACGGCGGCGGCGGCGGCAGCGGCAGCGGCAGAUCUUCUCGCCCCCUUCAGACUCUUCCCUACCGGUACUACCGCUGGUCUCAUCUACACUGGCGGCGGUGUUAUACGGGUACCGGCUCACAGACCACCACCAAAUGGCGCGCCGACCGGCAGUGCCUUGACACAAGCUGCGCUCAUGUCUGCACCCUGGAGUCUGCAAGCUCUUCAACACAGCCAGCAGCAACAGCAGCAGCAAGCGGCGGCGGCGGCCGGUCUGCACAGGGCGAGCCUUUUAGCGAACCUCGCCGCACAUCCACUGCAAGCGCAUCCGCAUCUCAAGGACAGACUAGCAGUGGCCGGAGCAUUUCCAAGGAGGAUCGGUCAUCCUUAUCAGAAUCGAACACCACCGAAAAGAAAGAAACCGAGGACGAGUUUCACGAGGCUGCAAAUCGCGGAACUGGAAAAGCGUUUUCACAAACAGAAAUACCUGGCCUCCGCCGAGCGAGCGGCGUUGGCGAAGUCGUUGAAGAUGACGGAUGCCCAGGUGAAGACUUGGUUUCAAAAUAGGCGGACGAAAUGGAGGCGGCAGACAGCAGAGGAAAGGGAGGCCGAGAGGCAAGCCGCGAAUCGGCUAAUGUUGUCUUUACAGGCCGAGGCUCUCGGCAAGGUGACGUAUCCGACGACGGGUAUAUCUGGACAUCCAGGAAGCGCACCGGUGUCUAGUUUAGAUACAAGACAACAAACGUCGACAGCUCUAACCCACCCGGCGGUGGGUCAGUGGGCUUCUCCUUAUGGGCCACCACAGCCACUGGCCGAACCGAUCUGCUGAAGUGUUUGUGAUGAUACAUGGCAUUAUUCGAGAGACUAUUACCGAUUGAAUCGCCCUCAGCAUGCAUUUUUGUGUUAUGUGUCUUUUCUUACGACAAAAGUUUUUUUACAGGAAAAUCAUCUCGUCAAAUGCAUCGCAACCGCAUGCCUUUUCCCUCUCCUCGCUUUGCGAUCUAAAGUGCAAAUAUAAGUCAUACAUUGUCAGAACAAUUUCAAUCUUUCUUGGAGGUUCUCUUCGCACGAUCUUAUAAGAUAGAUGCAUCCCAAGCAGAGCGACUGAUAAGGAAUAUCGUUAAAUAAUUCAACAUUUGUACUGAAUAAAGAUGUUAAUUUUGUCACACACACACACACACACACACACACACAAAUGUGCACGGGCUCUUACAUUUUAGAUACCAUCGACUGAAAUUAUUUUCUAAGGAAAUUACCAAUUGGCAAAUUUACCGUUGAUCAUUGGCAUUAACAUUUAUUUUCGUGGAUAUCGGCUAGUCUUGUAAGACAAGGUAAGCUGAAUAAUAGCUUUCUCACGAAUUUCUUAUUGAUUUCAAUUUGAUAUUUCGCGCUCGUCACUUUUAUGAUAAAUGUUUCAAAAAUUGUGUUAAAUCUAAAAAAUUUGUUUAACUAUUAUGAAAAGUAAUUAAUUUUAGAGACGCGUCCUUACGUUAAUCUUUAAACACUGAUGCAACUUUCUUUUAAUUUGCUUCACAAAAUAAAAACAAAGAACACUUUCGUACGAAUUGGACAUAAGAUAAUAUUAUAGUGGAGAGAUUUUUUAGAAUAAUAAUUACGUAUCGUGUGUAGGCUACUAGUAUUGCCUUCUUUCUGCCUUAUGAUAUUCAGACUACUACCAUUACAAACACGAACGUCCUAAAAAAAAGAGCACCGCGGAAACGAUUAUAAAUUGCCUUACACAGCGCGUACUCCCACGAUUGUAUUUAUUAGCUAACGGCUCAAGGUUUUAUUGCCAUUAUGAUCGUAACGUUUUAAAAGAGUGGUUAACAUGCGACCAACCGGUAUCACAUAAUACUAACAAUAGUCGUGAAUUUAUCAUGUACGAGUAAUCGAGGGCGCAUUAAAAGCGUCCGGUUCUUCUUUUCGAAAUGGGGAUAAUCAUCGCCGAUUGGUCUCGGUUGACGCGACAUUAUCGACACGUACGUGUCUUUCAAUCGCGAUGGAAUAAAGUUUCGGAGAUAAAAGAACCUCUCCGAACGUUAUUUCCAGAUCUCGCUUUAAUGGGCUGCUUGUUCGAUAAUGUCUCUUCACAACUGACAUACUCGAUCUUUUCUACUAAAUAGAAGAGACGGACGUGCGAGAAGUUCGAUUUGGUCAUAAAUGUUAUUCCUGCGGUGUAGUAUAGCUACAUAUCUCUAUCCUUAAAAAGUGAGCUGUAUUUCUACAGUUUUCAGUUCUAAAAGUCUUAGAAUAUAUAAAUAUUCUAAAAUCUAAAAAGCUCUCCUUAAGCUCUGUAAAUUUCACUCUUUAAUCACUAAUAUAUCAGUUAAUAUAAUUAAUGCAAUAUGUGCCAUUUUUAAAUAUUUACAUAUUCUAUGACUUCUAUAACCAAAAGCUGUAACAAUGGAGGGGGAUAUUGAUCUCCUAAAAUAUCAUUUUAUUUUAAAGCCUAAUCUUCCUUUUUCUUUAUCACACGCGCGCAUUAAAUUUUUUUCAAAUCGAAAUAUACUUUUUUUAUCUAACAGAAAGAAAAAUUACGAUAUUUUACAUAUACCUUUGUUAUGCACAACAACGUUUUCAAAAAUAUUUAUUAUAUUAUCGGCGAGAGAAAUAGUAUCGGCAAAUACAGUGUUACUAAUUUUAUCAAUACUACUAAAAUAUGUGAGUACUUUUCGAUACCGCGACAAAUAGAAGACUAUCUACAUUCUCCAGAAUAAUCACACAGCACUAACGUAUGGUUGAUCGCACGCUUCUAAAUAUUCGAUACGUUCUCAAAUCAUUAAUAUAUUCCUGCGUGAAUUCGGCAAAGAAUGUACACGAACAUCGCAGGAUUAACUCGAGAAAAUUGUUUAUCAUCGUAAGCAUGAAAACAAAGACUCGUAUUGACGUCUAAAGUGAGCUAACGAAAAAAAAUACAACCAACGUGACAUAUCUGUGUACAUAUUAGGCGUUAUAGUUACUGUAAUUAGGCUGUACUUGUACGAUACGAAAUACUUGUAUACGCAAAAGUGCUGUCGUGCUAAUGCACGUAUCGACAGCGUACGUUCUAUUUAAUUGUUAUAGAUACGUCCUGUAUAUGCAUGUGUGUGUAUAUAUGCACAUAUAUAUACAUAUACAUGUAUAUAUACAUAUAUAUUACUUCGUGCGAGCUACAACACGGCAAAAUGCAAUCAAGAUUAUAUUAUCCCGGAAUAAUUAUUAUACAAGGUGCCUCAUAAUGCUCGUUUAAAUAUAAACUAUCAUAUUUCUCAACGAAAAUGGAACAAAUUUUUUUACAGAAAUUAUAAUAAUGCAUCAUUUUCUUAUUUAUUUAAUUUUUUAAUUGACGAGAAUCAACCAAUACGUAUUGAGUUGCUUUGACACACGCUGGAUCUACAUGUACGUAAAUCUGGACUAUCUCUCAUUAAUCUAAAUUUGUUCGCUAAAGAAACAAAUAAUUAAAAAACGGUGUGUUAUCUCAAUUUAUGCAAAAUGGAAAUGUUGCUCCAGUUUGGUUCAGAAAUAUUGUGGUAUUUUUUAAGCAAUUAUUACGAGACACUCCGUAUGUAUGUGUGUGCGCGUGUAUGUGUAUUGCUACCGCACACACUACAGUCGUCGUCAUCAUCGUUAUCAUCAUCAUCUCUCUUUCUCUCUCUCUCUCUCUCUUUCUCUCUCUCUUUCUCUCAAGUAAGAAAUUUUAAAUAUAAUUUUAAGUUAUGUUAAGUCGUAAUUAUUAUUAAUAGUAAACGAUGUGAUGUUAUGUAAGUAUAUACGUGUAAUACGUUGUAUAUAUACGGAGAAGAAUCGAAAUGCAUAUAAAAUAAUUUAA